GAAUUUUCGCCCACCAGACGCUGCCAACGGAAAUCUAGGUGUAUAAUAAUUCUAAAUAUCUUAAUAUACAUGGCUCUCUCUCCCAAUAAAAAGAGCCGAACCAUGGAUAAUUCUAAUACAACUAUUGAGGAAACUUGUGAAAGCGAUGCCUCAAUUGAUCGCUUGGCACGUGAAAAGGAUUUACUGCUUCAAAAUAUUGAACGUUCUAGUCGACUGAUUGAACGAGGUUUGAGAAAGAAAACAAACGACAUUUUACACAAAAAUGAAAUAGAUCAGUUUCUUGAAAACUCUGAACUUGUGGAAGCAGUCGACAUGGAUAAUACAUGUAUAAUGCCAAUGGGAAAUGAAACAGGCUUUAUAUCUGGUGUAACUCAGUCCGACAAACUUAGAUUGGCUGCAAGUAAGGGUCACAUUGAAGGGGUUCGACAGUUGAUAUCGAUUGGUGCUAAAUUUGAAUCCGACAGGGAGGGUAGGACGGCUCUUCACUAUGCCGCUUUAGGAGGUCACGAAGAAAUAGCUCAAUUGCUAUCUCAACAACCUGGCUGUUAUGUCGAUGCCCAAGAUUCGCAUGGUUAUACGGCUUUGCAUCGAGCAGCAGCUCAAGGACAUGUUUCAGUCGUUAAAGUUUUAUUGCUUGAAGGGGCAACUAUCGACAUUCAAGACAACGUGCAUGGCAAUGCUCCCCUUCAUGAAGCGGCCUGGAAUGGUUAUAGUCAGACUCUAGAAAUUCUAUUGCAAUAUAAGGCAAAUGUAAUGAUUUUAAAUAAAGGAGGAUUUACUGCGUUACAUAUGGCUGCUCAAAAUGGACAUAAUCAAAGCGCCAGAAUACUUCUUUAUGCACGAUCGUUAAGUGUAGAUCAUAAAAAUAAUUAUGGAGAUACACCUCUGCAUACUGCAGCAAGAUACGGUCAUGCAGGAGUUACCAGAAUACUGAUAGGAGCUGGAUGCAAUGUUGAUGAACAAAAUAAGAAUGGUGAUACGUCAUUACAUGUUGCUGCAGCUUUAAAACGUAGAAAGAUAGCUAAACUGUUGUUGGAUGCGGCAAUUGAUGUAGAAAUACGGAACAAGCAAAAUGAAACGGCAGCUAGUUUGGGACGACGAAAAGAUCAAAAAGAAAUAAUCGACUUAAUUGAGUCGCAGCCAAAGAUAUCCAAAGAACAACGAAAAGAAAAAAUGAAAAAGGAGAAGGAAAAAUUGCGCAUGCAGUUCGUCGAUCAGCCCGAAAGAAAAGAAAAGAAAGGAUUCUUCUUUAAGCGGAAAUCGAGCGCUAAAAAAGACGAUAAACCGAGUAGAUCUAUUAGUAGGGAAAGAAUCGCUGUAUCGACCGGAACAUCAACACAAAUACCAGCAAGUGAUUGCUUAUAUGGUUUUUAUGGUGCUAUUGAUGGUCCAGGUAAAAUGCAUGGAAUGUCUCCUUCGAAAGUCCGAAAUGUAAAAUCUCACGGUACCAGCACAGUUAGCGGGCUUUUAAAUGAGUACAAGUCUCGAGAUGGAAUACAGUAUUAUAGAGAUUUGGCAGGAAAUGUAAAACAGGGUCCAAUAGGCUACGCACCCAUAUGUAAUUGUGCUCCCCAAAUUCUCAAACAAUUGGAGGCUCGUGUUGAGGCAGGGGAAGAAUCUUUAUAUGAGCACAUCGAACAUAGACAACGUACUUUGGCCGACAGGUUGGAGGCCCUUGAUCGAAGAACAACUCGACAAGUUCACGCCCUGGGAAAUUGGACUCGCGAUCGUCUUCAGGACGAGAGAAUGGCUCAUGUAAGGCAUUUGGAUGACAGAUUAGCCGCGGAGAGAAGGAUCACUCAUGACGAGCUUGACUUGCAUUAUAAUUACUUGACAAAUCAAUUAAAUUCCCAGACACAUUUGGUUCGGAAUGCAGUACAUGUGUCAAGUUUCAGACCUAGGUCUCGCUCCACCACCACUAGACCAGUACCUAUCUAUCGCUCCAGAUCCGAUGAGUCUCUUUCCCUCUCCACCCGCCAAGAAAAACCCAAUAGCAAAUCAUCACCAGAUGGUAGAGCUGAUUCUCAUACUAUAGUGGUUGAUGUUCAUCACGAAUCCUUAGAUGCAGCAAAGUCACCAUUUGCUCAUCAUAGUAAAGCAGAUUCUGGCAGUAACCCAGAUUCAGGAUAUAGUAGCAAAAUUUUUGCUGGUCGACAAAUUCAGGCAUCGCGAUCUUCUUCAAUAUCCGAGGUGGAUAACUGGAAAAGACCUAGAGAGAUCGAAAUGAAGCCCUCCUGUGUAACUCGGACUAGUAUAGAAAUUAACCAAACUGCUACUGAAGUUUAA